AUGAACGAACACGACCAGAUCCCGAAGCCGACCAACCGGAAGCCCAAUCGGCAGGAUAAUCGGGAUACUGGCAAAUUCUGCCGAUACCACCAACAGAACAGCCACAAUACCGAAGACUGCAUCAGUCUAAGGAAAAUUGUCGAGCGCCUGAUUCGGGAAGGGAAGUUGGAUCAGUACCUUGCCAGGCCGCCGCAGGCCCCGGCACCGAAUGCAAAUCGGCAGAUCAACAUGAUCAACACGAUCAGCGGUGGCCCCACCCUGGCGGGACCCUCUAACCGAUCGGCGAAGCAGUAUGUGCGCGCCGCCCACUGCCCUCAGGUCUUCGGCAUAGCAGAGGAUCGGUGCCGAAAGAUGUCGAAGGUGGGAUGGGAGCCCAUCACGUUCAGUGAAGAAGAGAGGAGGGGAUCAUCUACCCCCACGACGACCCAAUGA